CUGCGCGAGGCCGACCUGGACGAGUCGUUCGUGAAAGGCUCGGGCAAGGGCGGCCAGAAGAUCAACAAGGUGCGCAACUGCGUGCUGCUGACGCACGUGACCACAGGGCUGCAGGUGCGCUGCCAGAAGACGCGCUCGCUGGACGGCAACCGCCGCGCCGCGCGGAAGCUGCUGCUGCAGAAGCUGGACGACCACGCGAACGGGGCGCUGAGCAAGCGCAGCGAGAAGAUCGAGCGGCUGCGGCGCAAGAAGGCCAGUCGCAGGGCCAAGUCCAAGCACAAGUAUGCCAAGUCAGAGGGAGAGCAGGAG